AUGGCCUCUCACCCUCCUCCAUCUAUCUACCAUCAUCAUCAGUAUGGCAUUGUUUGGGUUGUGGGGUGGAGUGGCUGUCACCCAAGCACAUGGACACACCUGCUGUGGAUGCUAUGGGUGGGGAUAAGCCCAACAUCAUGGGCUCACCAGGGCACCCAACCUCACUCCAUCAAGAUCCCUGGUGACAUCACUCUGGGUGGGCUUUUCCCUGUGCACGCCAAGGGCCCGGCCGGGGUGCCUUGCGGGGAGAUCAAAAACGAGAAGGGGGUUCAUCGCAUGGAGGCCAUGCUCUACGCCCUGGAUCAGAUUAACAGCGACCCCGAGCUGCUGCCCAACAUCACGUUGGGCGCGAGGAUCUUGGACACGUGCUCCAGGGACACCUAUGCCUUAGAACAGUCACUCACUUUCGUCCAGGCCCUAAUCCAGAAGGACACAUCAGACAUACGCUGCUCCAACGGGGAGCAGCCUAUCAUACGCAAGCCGGAACGGGUGGUGGGCGUGAUCGGGGCGUCAGCCAGCUCUGUUUCCAUCAUGGUGGCAAAUGUACUCCGGCUGUUUGAGAUUCCACAGAUCAGCUACGCAUCCACCGCACCAGAGCUGAGUGACAACAACCGCUAUGACUUCUUCACUCGCGUGGUCCCUCCUGACUCCUACCAGGCCCAGGCCAUGGUGGACAUCGUCAAGGCCAUGGGCUGGAACUACGUAUCCACGCUGGCGUCAGAGGGCAAUUACGGCGAGAGCGGAGUAGACGCCUUCGUCCAGAUCUCUCGUGAGGCAGGAGGCCUAUGCAUCGCGCAAUCGCUGAAGAUCCCCAGAGAGCCAAAACCAGGAGAGUAUGACAAGAUCAUUAAGAGAUUGAUGGAGACGCCCAACGCCCGAGGUGUCAUCAUCUUUGCCAAUGAGGACGACAUUAAACAGGUGCUUGAGGCGGCUAAGUACGCCAACCUGACUGGGCACUUUAAGUUCGUGGGCUCAGACAGCUGGGGGGCCAAGAGUUUACCCAUCCUUGACCACGAAGACGUAGCGGAGGGCGCGGUCACCAUCCUGCCCAAAAGAGCCUCAAUAGAAGGGUUCGACCAGUACUUCACCACCAGAUCUUUGGAGAACAACCGCAGAAACAUUUGGUUCGCUGAAUUCUGGGAAGACAAUUUCAGAUGCAAACUGACGCGUCCAGGUAUCAAACUUGACAGCGGGAAGAAAAAAUGCACAGGUGAGGAAAGGAUUGGUCGUGACUCUCCUUAUGAACAGGAGGGGAAAGUGCAGUUUGUCAUAGACGCUGUGUAUGCUAUGGCCCAUGCUUUACACAACAUGCACCUGGACCUGUGCCCAGGCGCCACGGGCGUCUGUAAUAAGAUGGAUCCGGUGGAGGGACGCUUGCUGCUUAGCUAUAUUCGUUCUGUGAACUUUAACGGUAGCGCUGGGACUGGAGUUCUGUUCAAUGAGAAUGGAGACGCUCCAGGACGUUACGACAUCUUCCAGUAUCAGAUGACAAACACCACUAACCCUGGAUACAGAGUCAUAGGGCAGUGGACCAACAACCUGCGACUCAAUGUGGAGGAGAUGCAGUGGACAGAUGGGGACAAGCAGAUCCCUGACUCAGUGUGCAGUUUUCCCUGCCAAUCCGGCGAAAGGAAAAAAAUGGUGAAGGGUGUGCCUUGCUGCUGGCACUGUGAGCUCUGCGACGGUUACCAGUACCAGGUCGACGAGUUCAACUGCGAGAUGUGCCCUUUCAACAUGCGUCCCACGCCCAACCGCACGGGCUGCAGGCCCACCCCCAUCAUCAAGCUGGAGUGGCACUCUCCCUGGGCCAUCAUACCUCUGUUUCUGGCCAUCCUCGGUAUCCUGGCCACCUCCUCCGUGGUCAUCACCUUCAUCCGGUUCCACGACACGCCCAUCGUUCGCGCCUCAGGUAGAGAGCUCAGUUACGUCCUGCUGACCGGCAUCUUCCUCAUCUACCUCAUCACCUUCCUGAUGAUCGCCGAACCGGGUGCGGUGGUGUGCGCCUUCCGUCGCCUCCUGCUGGGCCUGGGGAUGUGCAUAACGUACUCCGCCAUGCUCACCAAGACCAAUCGCAUCUACCGCAUUUUCGAACAGGGCAAAAAAUCAGUGACGCCACCCCGAUACAUCAGCCCCACCUCCCAGCUGGUCAUCACCUUUAUACUGAUCUCGGUACAGCUGUUGGGAGUAUUUGUUUGGUUUGGAGUUAUGCCUCCUCACACUACUAUUGACUAUGAGGAGCUUAGGCCGCCCAAUCCGGAGCUGGCCAGAGGCAUUCUGAAGUGUGACAUGUCUGACCUGUCGCUCAUCUGCUGCCUGAGCUACAGUAUCGUGCUGAUGGUCACGUGUACCGUGUACGCCGUCAAGAGCAGAGGGGUGCCCGAGACCUUUAACGAGGCCAAACCCAUCGGCUUCACCAUGUACACCACCUGCAUUAUAUGGCUGGCCUUUGUGCCCAUCUUCUUCGGUACGGCGCAGUCCACUGAAAAGAUGUACAUCCAGACGACCACUCUGACCGUAUCCAUGAGCCUAAGUGCUUCAGUGUCUCUGGGGAUGCUUUACAUACCCAAGGUCUACAUCAUCAUCUUUCACCCGGAACAGAACGUACAGAAACGGAAACGCAGCUUCAAGGCAGUGGUCCAGGCUGCAACGAUGUCCACGCGCCUUUCACAGAAAGCCAACGACAAACAGAAUGGAGAGACCAAACUCGAGCCAGACAGGACACAGUGA